UAGGCGACGCGUGGUCCACGGGGCGGGAUGCUCGGGGUGGUCCACGAUGGUCCCCAGCGCGGCCCCGAGACCCGCCGCCUCCAACCGCAAAAACAUGCAGAAAUUGGCCGAGUCCCUCAGUAAAGGGAUCAAGCACUUCACCAAGAAUGAAGCGGAGAGUCUCAUCAGGAUGUUCUACGGCCUGGUGGAGGAGACCAGCGAACGUCCGGCCUCCGUCGGGCUGGACCGAAACGCGUUCCGAAACAUCUUGCACAUGAAGUUUGGCAUGACGGACGACAUGAUCAUGGACAGGGUGUUCCGGGCGUUCGACAAAGACAACGACAGCUCCAUCAGCGCAGCCGAGUGGGUGGCUGGCCUGGCGGUGUUUCUUCGGGGGACCCUGGAGGAAAAGAUGAAAUACUGCUUUGACGUGUAUGACCUCAACAGCGACGGGUACAUUUCGCGAGAGGAAAUGUUCCACAUGCUGAAAAACAGCCUUCUCAAGCAGCCCACUGAGGAAGACCCCGAUGAAGGUAUUAAGGACUUGGUGGAAAUCACGCUCAAGAAAAUGGAUUACGACCACGACGGCAAACUCUCUUUCGCAGACUUCGAUCAGGCUGUGAGAGAAGAGAGUCUCUUGCUGGAAGCAUUUGGCCCGUGUUUACCAGACAUUAAGAGCCGCUUGGUGUUUGAGUCCCAGGCAUUCGCAGAAAAGCCUGACUUGUAGUGAGGGCGGGAACAGGUUUAACUCAUUAAACAUCCUUUCUGUGA